CAGUAUUUGGUUUCAGUCUUCUCUCUGCAGUUACGAUAGGUGAUCGGGAGACUGCACGCGAGAGAGAGGUCACGUGUAUCACAAUUAUUCAACAACAACGAUGUCGACCGAGUCUAGCAAGAGGACGGUGGCUGCGGCUAAUUUCAACGAUGAUCUGACAUGUUACAUCGAGUCGGAGAAAGCUCAGCUGACGCAGAUGCUAACCACUCAAGAGACUGUUACCCGGGAGAUAGUAUCCAACAUCAAGAAUAGAUACGAGCACGAGCUUUCCAACGCGCGAAAGCUGUACGACGAGAUGGCCAGGAAAUGCGCCAAGCUCGAGAUCGACGUCGAAGAUUUCAAGAGCAAAUUGGAGAAGAAGACAAAGGAUUUAGAGAUAGCAGAGCGAAAUGGAAUGAUAUAUGAAACACGUUGCAAUGAUUUGCAAUUGCUAUUCGAUCAAUCGCAGGCGGAGAAAAAGGAAGCAAUGAAAAUAAUCGAAAUAAAAGAUAAAAACCUUGAAUUAGCAUCAAGCAGCCUCGAUUGGACCCGUGCACAAGUGAUGAAACAUAGAUGCAAUGCAUCAAGGCAUAUUCCAUCAGAAUAUAAUUUACAGCACCAUGCUCAAUUCGAAACACAAAAUCUUCGAGAUGAUCUUCAAAAGUAUUGUCGUGAGCAAUUGGCUGUCUUAGCACGCAAGCUAAAUGAAGAGAUUCAAAAGCAAUCCGAAAAAUUAAUAUUUCAAGAAAUUAAAGUGUCCGAGUAGUCGAAGAUAUCGAGAGAUAUUGUCGAGAAACAAUGUAUCGACAUCGACGCGACGCUAACGCAAACUAUAGAACAAAUGACAAGCACAAGCGGAAAUGCCAGUUCUGAUAUUUCAGUGAAAUCGUACAAAUCAGCUUCACAGAUCGCGCGGAACGAAACAAACGUCUACAGGAGACAUAAGGCCAGCAAGCGGCCCAAACGCCUUCUAACGAUUAUAAUCGAAUAGUUUUCCUAUUUAUGCUCGAACCAAUAAAUUUUUAUCUAGUUUUCUAUGCAUUUUACACAAUAUGUGAUACGUUUGCUUUCGGCGUUCGUAAAAGUCGCAAAUAUUGCAUCAGUUCUAUUCUCAAAGAGUUUUAGAGAAUAUCAUAUGCAUAUGUAAAAUAAACUAUAUAUAACUAU